AUGGCCGACUUCACUGAAUAUGGUAGACCCAGCGCCGAAUGGGUCGCCCUCGAGCCGACGCUGCCUGAGCUCCCCAAAGACCUCUCGGUGGAACAACUGAAGGCAUUGCUAAACAAGGGUCGUGAGACAUCCGCCGCCCAAGAUAUGGCCGAUGGCCUGGCUGCCGCAGUCCAGCUGCAAGACCACACGAUCACAGCUCGUGACGGCACGCUCCUUGAAGCACGCAGCUACCGCCCCGCCGGCAUCCCAGCGUCCCAACGCCUGCCUGUUUACAUCCAUCUUCACGGCGGAGGUUUUCUAUUCGGAACACUUUCUUCCGAAGAUGGCACUUGCUCGCGGUACCCCAGUCGUGGUCUUGAACGUCAACUACCGGCACACCCCGAAUAUCGCUAUCCCACUGCUUGGGACGAUGUUGAAGACGCAUUCGUCUGGUUACAUGAGAACAUUGCCGAAAUCGGUGGGAUCGGCGAGCAGGUUGUUGUGGGCGGUAUUUCAGCUGGCGCAUGGUUGACUGCGUCGUUGGCGCUUGCUCAGCUGCGUGGCGAUGAUAAGCGUCUAGCGGCCUGUCCCAAGAUUGCGGGACAGGUCCUCAUGAUUCCUUGCGUUGUACAAUGGGACCACUAUGCGCCGAGGUUGGAGAUGCUCAAGAGUCCUGAUUUGUCGAGCUACGUGCAAUGUGCCGACGCGCCUAUCUUGCCGGUGACUCGAAUGAAAUUGUUCACCGAGCUUCUUGGGCUUGGGGACACCAAGGAUGCCGCUGGAGAUCGUCGGUUGAACCCUGGAAAUGCCACCGCGGAAGAGGUCAAGGACUUGCCUCCUACUACGUUUGGAAUCGCGGGAAAUGACCCAUUGAGGGACGAGGGCCUGUUCUAUGGACAGCAUCUCGCUGCGAACGGCAUUCCUACCAACGUUCAUGUCUUUCCCGGUGUCCCCCAUGGAUUUAGGAGGUACAAGCAGCUGCCCGACAGCAAGAGGUGGGACGAAGUCAUGAGCGACGGCAUUGCUUGGGCAUUGACAAAUCCUGCGCCUGGUCCAUUUGAAAUCAAAUCCGAAUAG